AUGGCCAAGCAACGCAAGAGGUCGAGGAACGAUGCCUUGACCAAACAGACCGACCUCGACGCCGGUCGACAAGAGCAAGCCGUCCUAGGCGACAACUCGAACGCCCUUCCAGGCAGUCGAAAGAAGCGUGCGCCCCCACCGCCGGCGGCCAACGAGCUGGACCUCGAAAAGCUCAUCUUUGGUGGCUCUUCCUCGCUGCUCUCCCAGCCCUCGACGUCGGCGGCCCGCGCCACGGGCGAAGAUGCUCUCCCGGCCACCAGCGAUGACGAGGACGACGCAGACCCGGGCGUAGCAGACGGGGACCUCUUCAUGGUCGACACAGCUGGAAACGACGACGAUGGUCAGCUGCUCGACAACCAACCCGAUCCCUCCACCUCUUUCUCGCACAGCGACAGCGACGACGACGACAUCCUCAUCUCUCGCAUCGCCGACGCCUCCGCCGGUCCCAGUCAGCCUUCCCUCCCCAAACCCAAACGCACCAAACGCUGCGUCUGGACAGACCCAGACGACGCCGCACUCACCAUCGACCUUACGCGGAACACCAACCUCGCCGCCAACGGCUCGCGCGUCGGCGUCGCCCGUCUUCGACGUCUUCGCGAAGAGGUUGGCGAAAAGCACAUCUCCGGGCUCGAAUACGAGCUGCGUCUGCGGGCGCAGUUCGAGAAGCUUCAUCCAAGGCCUGGGUGGGCAGCCUUCCGAUUGACUUCGUUGCCCGCGCCUGAGGAGGUGGAAGCGGAUGCGGUGAUUACGAACGAGGAUGCGUCUAGGUCGAUUCACGAUCUGCUGCGCAGCGACACGGGGCUGGUUGAGGGUUAUGGAGGGUCUCCCAAGGCAAGAGGUAAGCUGCGUGCAGGGGAGAUCGAAUUGGAUCGUCUGAGGAACGCCAACGACUCGCAGUCUGCUACCGCUAUCGCCGCUUCGGAGAGCCUGCCGGGCAUCGAGAUGGUUCGAUUCCAUCCCAGCCCGCGCGCCUCCGUCCUCAUGACAGCCAGUCGCGAUCGCCGCGUGCGACUGUUCCAGAUCGACGGCCACGCCAAUCCGCUCGUCCAGACAAUUCACGUCCCCGACCUGCCGAUCCAGCAUGCGAGCUUCCACCCUUCCGGAGCAUCCGCAUUGAUUGCGGGCAACCGACCUUUCUUGUACGCGUACGAUCUGCAAGCUGGCCGGGUGGUUCGGUCGGUCCCCUGGCGUGGAUCGGGAGGGCAGACGGAGGAGGAGGCAGAGUUGAGGUUGAGCGAUGCGAAGUUCCAACCGCACACGAUGGAGGAGGGGAACCGGUUGUUGGCGAUCGGCGGGCGGAGGGGAGCGGUGCAUCUGCUGGAUUGGGGAAGGAGUGGUGCUGCGGGUGGAACGCGCAUCGGUGGUGUGCGCAUGAACUCCCCUCUGGCGGGUUUCACCUGGGAUGCCGCGUCGGUGCUGGGUGAUCGCGGGACAGGCAUCGGCGUAACCGGAACGGGCAAGGACGUCGAGCUGCUCACCAUGUCGACCGAGGGCAGCGUCCAUCUCUGGGACAUCAGGAACACGGGGAUGGAAGUAGGCUGUUCAUCCAUCUGGCACGAUCCCGGUUCAUUCGGUGCCAAAGGGUUGGAGGUUUCGCCCAACGGCAAGUUCUGGACUGUCGGCAGCGAUGGUGGUAUCGUCAACGUCUACAAGCGACCUCAGGAGAGCUACACCUCGGACUUCCUCCCUAGCUCGAUGGCGGGCGAGGAGGUCGGUGCGACCUUCGGAAAGGUUCCCGGCGGCAAUCUUGAUCCUGUCAAGACGGUCGAGAAUCUCGUUACCGCUACUACGACGAUGCGAUGGAAUGCGGAUGGGCAGAUCCUGGCGGUUGCAUCGAGGAGUAAGAAGGACGCGUUGAGGCUGGUGCACUUCCCUUCGAUGCGGGUGUUUAGCAACUGGCCGACCAGCGGUACACCGCUGGGUAGCGUUAGCAGCGUCGACUUUAGCGCGGGUGGGCAGUAUGUGGCGAUUGGAAACACCAGAGGAAAGGUGCUGCUGUAUUCGCUCAGGCACUAUCUGUAG